GGGCGGCGCUGUCUGAGCUCGCGCUGUUACUGACCAUCUCACAUCGCCCAUCUUUAAAACGGUCCCGUUAACCGUAAGAGCCGCGUCCCCGACCGUCCCGUACUGAUGUAACGCGUUAUAACGGCUUAACUCUCGGGUGAGAAAAUCAACAGAGUGAAGACUGAAAAGAAAAGAUGAUUGAAACAAUUGACACACAGCGCUGUCUGCAGGCAGUGGAACGACUACAGGCUCGUCUGAAGGAGAGAGGAGGCGACGUGCCCUCUGAGGAGAAACUGAACCUGCUCAAAUCCGUCCUGCAAAGCCCUCUGUUCCACCAGAUCCUCGCUCUCCAGAAAUCCGGACAGCAUCUAAAGGAACAGCCUUUGUGUGUAAACUCAGAUCAUAAUGGAGGAUAUGUUGACUCAGCUCAGAUUAAUGGACAAACCUCAUCAGAGGAGCACGAGCUCAUCAUUCGCACCAUGGCUCAGGGUCGUUACGUAACUCAUGUUGACUUGGUGAAGCCGGUAUCAGGAGGCCUGGGCUUUAGCGUGGUAGGACUGCGAAAUGAGAACCAAGGAGAACUUGGCAUUUUCGUACAGGAAAUCCAGACGGGGAGCGUUGCAUACUGUGAUGGGAAGCUAAAGGAAGGAGAUCAGAUCCUGGCGAUAAAUGGACAGCCACUGGACCAGAACAUCAGCCAUCAGCAGGCAAUUGCGCUGCUGCAAAGCGCAUCUGAGCAUGUACAGAUUACGGUUGCCAGAGGGGCAAUACCUCAGCUUUCCAGCCCAGUGGUGUCCAGAACACCCAGUGCUGCUAGUACACUGUCUGCACAUUCAAGUGGGACUCACUGGACACAGGUGGAGGCCAUAGAGCUAGUCAAUGAUGGCACCGGUUUGGGUUUCGGCAUCGUCGGGGGUAAAACUACUGGUGUCAUUGUCAAGACUAUUCUACCUGGUGGGAUUGCUGAUAAGGAUGGUCGCUUGCGCAGUGGUGAUCACAUCCUGCGUAUCGGGGACACUGACCUGCACGGUUUGGGCAGUGAGCAGGUUGCUCAGGUGCUGCGGCAGUGUGGCAACCGAAUCAAACUGCUCAUCACCAGAGCAACAGUGGACAACGCUUCCCCUGUGCCAGUAGCCCUGCCAACUGUUACUGAGCAACAGGACAUUGAAGAAGCGGAGAAGGAUGCAUUCGAUGUAAGUCUGACAAAGAACACUCAGGGUCUCGGCAUCACCAUCGCAGGAUAUGUUGGAGACAAGAACUCUGAGGCCUCUGGGAUAUUUGUGAAGAGCAUCACUGCAGGAAGUACCGUGGAGCAGGAUGGCCGCAUCCACGUCGGAGAUCAGAUCAUAGCUGUGGACGGUGUGAACAUACAGAGCUACACCAAUCAGCAGGCAGUGGAGCUCUUACGCCACACCGGUCAAACUGUCCAUCUCAGACUUGUUCGCCAUGGCUUUAGACCAGAAGACACUCUCCUGCCAAUCAUGCCCGCGACCAUCGAGGCUAAACCAAGACAGGAGUGUGACAGCAUGCAUGACACUACGGAACUCAUCGCCGCCGCUGCCGCUAUCUCUCCGUGCACCUCUGAACAAAAGAAAGGCAUCAAGCUGAAUGAUGAUGAGGAAGAGGAGCUUAUGAAGAAAUGGCAAAACGCUCUCAGUCCUAGCAACGAAGUUAUUGUGGUACAGGUAGAGAAAUUUAGUGAGAACAGUGGACUGGGAAUCAGUUUAGAAGCAAGUUCUGGUCACCACUACAUAUGCUCGGUUUUACCCGAGGGACCUGUAGGACGUUCUGGAAAGCUCUACAGCGGAGACGAACUUCUCGAGGUGAAUGGGAUACCUCUUAGAGGUAAGACACAUAAGGAAGUAGUGAGCAUUUUGAAGGAGCUGCCCGUGUGUGUGCACCUGGCCUGCUGUAGGCCCGCCCCUUUGCCGUUGACUGACCUACCGCGGAUUGAAGACGUGGCUCCACAGUCGACAGAAAAGGACUUUGACGAUGCUGAAGACUUCCUCCUGCCUGGAGAAUCAGAGACGAGCCUAAGAGAUCUCGUGCCAGAAGAGACUGCGGGAACUUCAUUGGCAAUGUGGGAGUCAGAGAUCCAGGACAUUGAACUAGAGAAAGGAGAACGUGGACUGGGUUUUAGCAUCCUAGACUACCAGGAUCCUACGGACCCAGCUAAGACAGUGAUCGUGAUCCGAUCUCUGGUGCCUGAAGGUGUGGCUGAACUCGACGGACGUUUGUUGCCUGGAGACCGACUGAUGUAUGUCAACAGCAUGAACCUCGAGAGUGCCAGUCUGGAGGAGGCAGUUCAGGCGCUGAAGGGGGCCAGCUUAGGCACCGUCCACAUUGGAGUAGCCAAACCACUGCCUACUCCCUCCUCUAUCUUCUCGGCUCUGUCGCGGAUGGAGGGAGAUGAGGAUGAGGAGGAGGAGGAGGAAGAAGUCUUAUUCCGCGCUGAGCCUGUACUGAUUGACACUAGCGAUGUGGACUUGUCAGACGAGAAGUUCGAUCAUCAUUACGGCAGCGAGGAAGACGACACGUUUCAGGCGUCCAUGAUCGCUCUACACGGAAGCACCUGCAGUGCAGACCUCACCUAUCAGAUGUCCAUGCAAGGCUCCACCCCUCAGAGAAACACUCACCUGGAUUCGUUCAUGGAGUAUCCUUUCAUGACGUCAUCUGAGCCAUUUUCUCCUGAGGACAAGGGAACAUCUGUAAGGCUUGAAGCUGGGACAGUAAGCCACUCCAAUCUGGUUAUGGAACAUGAUUUAAAGACAAUGGACUCCAUGGACCCAAUGAUGUCAAAAGCUGGGAUUUUUAGCGCAAACCCUGCUUCCAUUUGUAAAGAAGAGACGCUUGCAAUGCCAUUAUACAGAGAAAUGGGACCGAUCGUGCCAGAGAUGCAUGAAGUUGGUUAUGUUGGUGCUUCUCAGGAGGAGGAAGAUGAUUUCCCAAUGGAUAAAACUCAAGAAGAAGAAACCGAUCAACAAGAAAUGACCCCAGGGAGCAAUUUUGAGAGGACCAUCACUGUUGUCAAGGGCAACUCAAGUUUAGGAAUGACAGUGAGUGCAGUGAAGGACGGUGUGGGUAUGCUGAUCCGCAGUAUCAUUCAUGGCGGGGCUAUAAGCAGAGAUGGACGCUUAGGUGUUGGAGAUCUCAUUCUCGCCAUCAACGGCGAAGCAACCGGGAACCUGACCAAUGCACAGGCACGAGCCAUGCUGCGCAGACACUCACUCAUUGGAUCUGACAUGGGAUCCUCAAUUGCUCCGGAUGAGGAGCUCUGCCCCUUUUAUAUCAUUACCUAUGUCCCAGCUGAGUAUUUAGAGGAAUACAAGGCUCUUAAGCAGGCUACAAAUGAUGCCUUUGCCAUGGAUGCAUUAAACACACCAAGGUCUGUAGCAGAGCUUCCUGAGAGGGAGGAUGGUGAAGGAGAGGAAAGCGAACUACAGACAGCAAACUUCAGCAACUGGAACCAACCUAGGAAGGUGGAGCUCUACAGAGAGGCAGGAAAAUCUCUCGGUAUCAGCAUUGUUGGUGGGCGAGGCAUGGGUAGUCGUCUGAACAAUGGCGAAGUGAUGAGGGGAAUCUUCAUCAAGCACAUCCUUGAAGACAGCCCUGCAGGACACAACGGAACUCUGAAAACCGGAGACAGAAUUGUGCAGGUGGAUGGUGUAGAUCUGCGAGACGCCAGUCAUGAGCAAGCUGUAGACGCCAUACGUAAAGCCGGCAACCCCGUCGUGUUCCUGGUACAGAGCAUUAUCACCCGACCCAGGAAGCCACCUGUUCCCUUUCUGCAGCUAAACAGCAGCUCUAAUGCACCAGGCCGCUUUAUAAACUCCCUACCGCAGACAUCGGCAGCAGACUCCGUCGAGGGCAAAACAGCGCGAGUCUCAACCCCCAACAACAAGGAUGUUGAGAGUCACAGUAGGCUUUUCCUCCGUCUCUCCCCAACUAACCCUUUCACCCCUACUCCAUUUAAGCUGAAUCGAGAGCCAGGGAAAAUUUCCCCUACAAUGCCGUUCCUCUCGGUGCCACGCAUAGGCGAGACGGACACGGACUCACUGACUGAUAUCCCCGGUCAUCUCACGCUUCCCUGUGACACGGUGGAAGAAGAGGAAGACGAGUUUGGCUACACUUGGAAAAAGGUGGUCGAACGUUAUGGGAGUCUGCCCGGUGUGUUGCAUAUGAUCGAGCUGGAGAAGGGAAGAAGUGGUUUAGGCCUGAGUCUGGCAGGGAACAGGGAUCGUUCAAGAAUGAGUGUCUUCGUAGUAGGCAUCGAUCCUAACGGAGCAGCCGGGAGAGAUGGACGCAUCAUUGUAGGAGAUGAACUGCUGGAGAUCAAUGGUCAGAUUCUGUAUGGUCGCUCCCAUCAGAACGCCUCAUCUAUCAUCAAGAGUGCACCAUCUAAAGUAAAAAUCAUCUACAUUAGAAACACAGAUUCUCUCGCUCAGAUGGCUGUCAUCCCAAUGAAGGAAUUCGGAGACGUUCUGGAUACACAACCAGAGGGUAUAUUCUUACCAGAGGAAGAGGGAGGACUGGCGUUUAGUGAGGAGGACAAGAACGGCAAGAGCCUUCAGGAUGUUAAAGAUGAUGGAGCAGCAGAGAUGAAAGUACAGGAGGGUAAUACACAACCAGGAGACAGACUGAUGGUGGUAGAAACGGCACAUGGCCUCUCUGUGGAGAAGGUGACAUUACUACUGAGCAAAGCAAAGAACUCAAGCAAGCCCACUCUCUGUACAGAUAGCCACGGUCCAAUAUCAACCUCAUCCAACCAGAUACGGAGAUUAUCAGACCCAGUUGUGAUCUCCAGUAUGCCUCUGUCCUUGACACCCCCUGAAAUGGAAUCUGUCAAGAGUUCCAGCAGAUCAUCAACCCCCGCGACCCUGACCUCUGACCCUGUGACCUGCCCCAUAAUCCCUGGUUGCGAGACUACCAUUGACAUCUCCAAAGGAAGAACAGGACUCGGCCUCAGCAUCGUGGGUGGCUGUGACACACUGCUGGGCGCUAUAAUAAUUCAUGAGGUGUAUGAAGAAGGUGCUGCUGCUAAAGAUGGAAGACUCUGGGCAGGAGAUCAGAUUCUUGAGGUGAACGGUAUUGACCUACACACAGCAUCCCACGACGAAGCGAUAAACGUGUUGAGGCAGACUCCACAGCGAGUGCGUCUGACUGUGUUCCGCGAUGAAGCACAGUAUAAGGAGGAGGAGCUGUGGGAUGUGCUGUCAGUGGAGCUGCAGAAGAAACCAGGCCAAAGCCUCGGGCUCAGUAUCGUCGGAAGGAGGAAUGAUACCGGUGUGUUUGUGUCCGACAUUGUGAAGGGAGGCAUCGUGGAGAGUGACGGCCGGCUGAUGCAGGGAGAUCAGAUUUUGUCUGUUAACGGUGAGGAUGUUCGAUCAGCAACACAGGAGUCUGUUGCCGCCUUGCUAAAGUGUUGCAUUGGUCCAAUCAAAUUAGAGGUGGGUCGCUUCAAGGCAGGGCCGUUCCACUCAGAGAGACGCCUGUCUCAGGGCAGUCAGUUAAGCGAUGGUGGAAGCUGUAAAGCCAGCCAGCUGUCUUUCACUGGAUCUGGCAGAUCACAAGAAGACUUUGAGAACAUCUGCAGAAGUCAGGAAUCACUGGACCAUGACCUCCGAACUGUGGAGCUCUCCAAGAGUCCAUCUGAGUCCCUGGGAAUAAGUAUAGCAGGUGGAGUGGGCAGUCCUCUGGGCGACGUGCCCAUCUUCAUUGCCAUGAUGAACCCCGCUGGUUUGGCUGCACAGACACAGAAACUCAGAGUUGGCGACAGAAUCCUUUCAAUCUGUGACAUAUCUACAGAAGGCAUGGCCCACAGCCAAGCUGUAUCACUGUUAAAAAACACCACAGGAACCAUAAGCCUACAGGUUAUUGGAGGUGACACUACAGUAACAGGUCCUGCCCUGGAUCAAACAUCUGGACUCACCAGCAGCAGCAUCUUCCACGAUGACCUGGGUCCUCCUCAGUGUAAGACUAUUAGUCUGGAGAGAGGGCCAGACGGAUUGGGCUUCAGCAUAGUGGGAGGAUUCGGCAGUCCCCAUGGCGACCUGCCCAUCUAUGUCAAAACAGUGUUUGGGAAGGGUGCAGCUGCAGAAGAUGGGCGUCUAAAGCGUGGAGAUCAGAUAGUUGCCGUCAACGGUCAGAGUUUAGAAGGAGUCACCCAUGAGGAGGCUGUUGGUAUUUUAAAAAAAACCAAAGGGACCAUCACACUUACCAUACUCUCAUAGGACACUGAAUUAUACACUGGCUUUAGUUACACACUGUGACCUUUUAACACUAAAUACUGUAAAGAUCCAGUACAAAAUCCUAUUUUUUAUUACGAUCAUCCGUCAUUAUUUAUUCUUUUACUAACACAACAGAUGCUGUUUCAGAUUCUUAACUUUCACAUUGUUGGAAAAUGACCAUGUAGCAUGUUUUAGCCUGAUGUUUUUAAUAUGUUUAGCCUCAUGCAUCAAUAGGUAGUGGGAGUUCUGAACAAAUGAAUGAGCAGUUAAUCGUAGUAUAUAGAAAACAGCCUUUGAGUAGUCCGUUUCUAUCUUGGCAGCUUUGCCUGAUCUAAAACUAGUUUUUAUGAUGAUGAUCACUGCUUUUAUUUUUGAAAAACGCUUCAGGUAAGAGUUUUAGUCCCAGACUGCAAAAAUAAUAAUAAUAAUAAUAAAUAAACGCCUAGACUACAUGCAUACGGCUGGUAUUAGUCGAUCAGGCCUUUACACUGUGUAUUCUUUAUGAAAUUGAGACUGUGAGGAACUUAACCAGCACCCAAAAGGGUUUGAAAACUUGGUCUAUUCACACUGCGUCUUUAUAUAGCGCAAUUUGCAGUGGGUUUAGACUGGAUUUUUUUUUAAAAGGAAGGUAUUGGUGUAUUAUGUAUCUACAUUAUCUAUACUAUAAUUUUACUGAUUUAGAGAGUUCACACACAAGCAAUAAGCAUUUCUAAAACCAAUACUGUGUUUUUUUUUUUUUUUCUUCUGAAGAGAAAUUAAUAAAAAGUGACAUCCAAUCACA